AUUUUAAACGAAGUAAUGCAACUUACUAAGAACUUUAAUAUGAAAUUAUUUAUCGCAAAUAUCAUAUUAUUGGUUAUUUUACAAAAAUGUGAAAAGGUAUUGUCCAGCUCUGAUAUUCUCGAGGACGAAACAGUAUUAACAGACACUAAUGAACAAAAAAAUUGUCAGAUAUGUCGUAAUAAAAUAAAUGUAAUUGAUUGUAAACUACCAUGUUGUUCUGGGACAUUCCAUAAAAAUUGUUUAGAUAAUUGGAUAAGUUAUGGAGUAAUAUUAUGUCCAAAUUGCUACGGAAAUCCACUUGAAGAUAUUCUCAUUUGCUAUAACUGUAGAAGAACUAAGAAUAAAGAGCAGUUGAUAAAAAUGCAAUGUUGUAGUAAAGAUUUAUGUAAACAUUGUAUCAAUUAUAAAAUGAAAACUAAAUGUUUGUGCAAAAAAGACUUAAUGAAAGGUAUUACUUUCGACUCCGUCCGUGUAUGUUUUCAGUGUGGAAAGGAACAAGGAACCCACACAUUUUCACCUCGUUGUCCACACAUUUAUUGUGAAAAUUGUUUUAUUACUAUGGAUGAGGACCAUAAUAGAUGUAUUUAUUGUGAUGAAAAAAAAAUGGAGGAAUAAUCUUAUGUUUUUUUUUUAAUGCAACUAACUGAAUAAAUUCAAUUAUAGCUAUCUAUAUUUAAAAUAUACCAGAUUGUUUCAUUAACAUCAAAAUAUAUUAUCAUUAUAU